ACAUACAGCACAUUAAGCGCAGGGACAUCCUCCUGAAGAGGGAGCUGGGAGAGGGGGCGUUCGGGAAGGUCUUCCUGGCUGAGUGCUACAACCUGAUUCCCACCAAGGAUACCAUGCUGGUGGCUGUCAAGACACUGAAACCAACAGCGUGUCCCUUUGGUUCCCAGAGCCUGAAGGACCCCAACCUGUCAGCCAGAAAAGACUUCCAGAGAGAAGCUGAGCUGCUCACCAACCUCCAGCACGACCACAUUGUUAAGUUCUAUGGGGUCUGUGUGGAUGGAGAUCCCCUCAUCAUGGUGUUUGAGUACAUGAAGCAUGGGGACCUCAACAAGUUCCUCAGAGUCCAUGGUCCAGAUGCUAUGAUCCUUGUGGAUGGCCAUCCCGUUCAAACUGACGGAGAGCUGGGUCUGUCCCAGAUGUUACACAUCGCUACCCAGAUCUCAGCCGGCAUUGUGUACCUGGCCUCCCAGCACUUUGUCCACAGAGACCUGGCCACCAGGAACUGUCUAGUGGGCAACGGGCUGUUGGUGAAGAUAGGAGACUUCGGGAUGUCCAGAGACAUCUACAGCACAGACUACUACAGGGUCGGAGGUCACACCAUGUUGCCGAUCCGCUGGAUGCCCCCUGAGAGCAUCAUGUACAGAAAGUUCACAACAGAAAGUGACGUUUGGAGCUUUGGAGUCAUCCUCUGGGAGAUCUUCACCUACGGGAAGCAGCCGUGGUUUCAGCUGGCCAACAACGAGGUCAUAGAGUAUUUAGUACAGGGUCAGGUCCUGGACAGGCCGAGGGUUUGUCCCAAGGAGGUGUAUGACCUGAUGCUGGGCUGCUGGCAGAGGGAACCACAGCAGAGGUUGAACAUCAAGGAAAUUCAGAAGGUUCUCUAUACCAUGGGGAAAGACACACCUGUCUACCUGGAUAUACUCGGCUAGCACCAGUUCUACCUGGACAAUGGUUAAGGUUAAGAUUGGGGAGGGGAAGCUGAUCCUAGACCUGUACCUUAGGGGAAACUUUACCCUGGAGCUUGCCUGGAUGUGUUGGGCUAAGAUCGUCUGGAUGUAAUGCUUGUUGGACAGACUGAUAGACAACCAGGAAAUAACCAGCCAGCCUGUUCCUUACUGUUCCGCUGUCAACAGGAGCCUAAACGUUUGGGAAGGACUCAAAGUGCCUGAUCCACUAUUUCCAUAUACUGGAUAAAAGUAUCAAAAAAAAAAACAUUUACAUUUAGUUUCCUGAUACAGAGUACACACCUGGUCAAUCUGCCAUGGAAAGGUGUUCCUAAUGUUCUGUCCACUCAGUGUAUAUUCAGUGCAUUCGGAAAGUAUUCAGGACCCUUGACUUUUUCCC